AUAGUUCGCUGUCACCCAUUGUUGUAGGUGUCGUCAUAAGUGAGCGACGUGCGUGGCCCGAUGAGGUGUCACCGUACCCAGGCACCCGAGUAUUAGCGAGUAGCCUGACUGCUGUACUUACCGAGACCGCUGUGUAGCCGGUGAGGGGAGCUUACGGGACGCCGCGGAGACUGGAGAUAUGGCAGACGUGAGCAGUGCAUCCCUCUGCCAGGAGGAAGGAUGGUAUCUAUCUGAAGAGGGUUUUGAAUCUUGUAGGAAUUCAUCAGAUAAAGUAAACAAAAGUGCUGUUAUACAUGCUGCUCUCAAUACAGACCUUAGAAACAUUGGGAAGAAAUUUCUCCCCAGCGACAUCAACGGAGGAAAAGUAGAGAAGGUAGAUGGUCCCUGUGUUCUACAAAUUCAGAAAAUCCGUAAUGUGUCUGCUCCAAAAGAUAAUGAAGAAUCUCAGGCAGCUCCCAGAAUGCUUCGUUUACAGAUGACUGACGGACAUACAGCUUGCACAGCCAUAGAGUUUAGUUACUUGUCGAAAGUCAGCUUGAACACUCCGCCUGGCACAAAAAUAAAGCUAUUAGGAACUAUUGAAGUAAAAAAUGGAUUCCUGCUCCUGGAUGACACCAACACUGUCGUGCUUGGAGGUGAAGUGGAACAGCUCAUAGAGAAAUGGGAGCUGCAGAGGAGUUUAUCCAAACACAGUAGAAGCAAUAUUGGGACGGAAGGGGGACCUCCACCAUUUGUGCCUUUUGGACAGCAACGUGCAUCUGCUACUUCGGUUGACAGCAAAGAACUUGAUAGCCGAAAAACACUGCAAACAUCUAGUGUCACAAAAGCGGUGGGGGAAAAUGAUGAGUUUGAAAAACAAAGGACCGCUGCCAUUGCUGAAGUAGCAAAAAGCAAAGAGACCAAGACAUUUGGAGGAGGUGGUAAUGCUGGAAGCAAUCUCAAUGCAGCUUCUGGAGGGAGUCGUAAUAGGGAAGUUUUCCAGAAAGAGAAAAUAAUCAGAAGUGAAGGAAAAUCAGAAGGAGUUUAUCGUGAACUGGUUGAUGAGAAGGCAUUGAGACACAUCACAGAGAUGGGCUUCAGUAAAGAGGCAGCCAGACAGGCACUUAUGGACUACAGCAACAAUUUAGAGGCAGCUUUAAAUUUCCUGCUAGCUGGCAGCAAACCUAAGCCUCUUCAAGGCCCGCCGGUGCGAGGAAAAGGGAGAGGUCGCGGAAGAACACGUGUGGAAGAGGAUGAUGCAUUAACAAGUGCCAGACCUUCUGCACCAAGUACUCUCUUUGACUUUCUGGAAUCCAAAAUGGGAAGUUUCUCAGUUGAAGAUAACAGACCACAAGUUCAGCAUCAGAGCCAAGGACAGAACAGAGUUCAAAAUUUAGAGCAAAAUGGAGUAAAGGAUUACAGCCAACCUCGUCAGUUUAAUCGCAAUGAUGCCAGAGUCCCAAGGAAUGAAAAACCACCUCGAUUUCAGAGGGAAAAUCAUACAUCUAGGCAAUUUGAAGGUAAUGGACCUCCAAGAAGUCGGGGUCCAGAAAAAAAUAGUUCUUUUGGUCCAGAGCAAUGGAUGGAUGAUAGGAGUAAGUGUGAAAGAGGAUAUUCAAGAAAUGAUAGAUUAAAGGAUUUUUCACAUCCUUCCAUUUAUCAAAAUGAUGGUUCUUUUAAAAAGAGAGAUAAUACUAUGCAAAAUCGGACCAUAAAAGGUCCCAACAUUUAUGAAACUAAAGAGGAUACUAGCAUUCAGAAUAAUACAGAGGCUGCUCAUCAAAAACGUGGUAGAAGAGAAGACCAAAGACACAAUUCUGAACUCUAUAUAGAGAGGAGACCACGGACAGGUGACAGUGAACCAUUCACCAAUGUACCAAAUGAGAAACAUUUUAGUGCCAAUAUGGAAUCCUCUAACUAUCAUGCAACAUUAGUAAAAGAUGGUGCUAAUGACUUACCAAAUGGAGAGUUUGAACAAAAGGGUCGAAGAAUUGGGCCAAUCAAACCAAUUGGAUCGAAUCUGAAUUCAACACAUGAUGAUAGAGAUAAAAUGUUUUCUUACAACAGUAACUCUAGAAAGAGAUCUGGUCCAAUAAAACCAGAACGACUACCAGAAACUGCCUACCCGGCCUUUAGCUGGAGACCAGGAGAUGAAUGUUUGGCUCUUUAUUGGGAAGAUAAUAAGUACUACAAAGCUGAAAUUGAAGCACUACAUUCUUCUGGAACGACAGCAGUGGUGAAAUUUAGUGAUUAUGGAAACUAUGAAGAAGUACUACUAGACAACAUCAAACCUAUUCAAGCAGAGGCAUGGGAAGAAGAGGGAGAAUAUGGAGACUCGCUGGAUUUCCGUAGGGGAGGUGAUGGACAGCCAAGGAGAUCUACUAGACCAACUCAACAGUUUUAUCAACCUCCCAGAGCACGGAACUGAUUGCUAAGAUCUAUACUAAAUUUCUCAAGGAAGAAUGGAAUGCUGCAGCUGUUUUCACGGAGUGGUAUAUUUUUCUAAUGAAUUGCCUUGCACUGUGGUAUCAAUAAACAUUUUGUGAACAAGUCUCAAAAUGUUGAGCUUUUAAGAUGCGUAUAGCUAGAUUUGUCAUACAGUUACUAGUUACACAGAUAAUUCUUAAUGGAGAAGCAUUUCUGUUGGCAUCAAUAAAACCUCAGUGCACCUCA